AUGGUGCUCGGUUUCAACGACCGGCUGGAGGUGCCACAGUCAAUCAGCGAGCCCCAGCGCUUUGCUUUCGUGGUUUGUGGCAUGUUUUGCGCCAUCGCGUCCGGUGCCGUCUACUCCUUCUCCCUAAUAUCCGGCAAAAUGACGGAUGACUACGGCUUUACCCAGAACGAUAUCACCACAGUCUCAACCGUUGGUAUUGUGUUUGGGUACUUUACGCUUCCCUACGGCUUCAUCUUUGAUUACAUUGGACCAAAGCCCCUCUUUGUGAUAGGCAUGGUGACAUACGGAUUGGGCUCCGCCCUGUUUGCACUGACGUUUCAAAACAGUAUUGGACACAGUGUGUUGAGCCUUUCCGUCAUCAAUGCCAUCCUGAACAUCGGUUGCGCCAUGUUUGACAUGGGCCCCAUCCUGUCUAUCCUCAGCUGGUUCCCCCUUGACCGCGGUCUCCUGGUGGCCUCCGUCAAGACGAUGACGGGAUUGGCGGGCUCUGUCAUCGCGACGCUGUACAACACGUACUUCUCAGGUGACCACUCCACGUUCAUGUACUUUCUUCUUGCCCUUUUUAUGGUCAUUGGGCUGGCGGCGUUUGCCUAUAUUCAGAUCCCUCCGUACCACAUGACCGGCCACAGAAUCAAGCACUACACGGAGGAGGAGCACGGGGUGGCGCGUCGCGUGGAGCACAUGUACCUCACCAAGAAGGCCUCUCGACGCCGCUUCCUCGUGUUGUUCGUGAUCGUCCUGAGCCUUCUCGUCGUGAUCACGGCGCAGAGCGUUGCCUUUGUUUAUGUGGAGGGUGAAGUACCGUUCAAUAAGAGGAAUCCGCCCGCAAUCAUUAUGAUGGUUCUGUAUAUGUCGCUCUUCCUUGCGGUGCUGCCGUGGAGUUGGCUUGACAAGCCUUUGAGGGGAAGCGGCAAACCCGCGGGCAGCGGCACGGAACCUAAUGACGCCCCCAUGAACAACGAAAAGGACAACGACAGGAAGGACGGAAAAAACGACAGCAGCAACGAGGAGGACGAAGGGACCAGAGCAAUGAUAUUGCCGACAAUGGCUUCGAGGGGCCCAAUAAGGAAGUAA